AUGCCUUUAACAACACGCGCCGCAGCGGCGAGAGCGUCCGCAAUCCAGACGCCUGCGACCCCGGGGGCAAUCGUCCCCGAUGACGACCCAACCGGCGACCUUGCGGCGACUAUGGCACCUAACGCGACAUUCGAGCUCGACGUGUCCGUGGAACUCGACGCGAUCUCCAAACCCCGCACGACUUUCAAGCCCGACGCGUCGUCUUCCGGUCUCGGCACGAUUACGACUUUGUCUAUUGCUCCCUCUGAUCGCGCAUUGGCGCCUCCGUCGGGCACUUCGGACGCGUCCUCCACAAUAGCAGCCAAUGUAUCCUCCUCAGCAGCCCUAGACGCCGAUGCGUCCGCGAUCGCCGCCUUCUUUGACGACACUCUGGCCAGCCACGAGAACAAUACCAACGCGCGCUCCGCGACUCUCUCCUCGCCCGCGACCUCCAGACGCGAGCCGAUCUUCACUCCUCCGCGCUUCAUGACCGCCGCUACGUCCCUCACGACUGCCUCUACAUCCUCCACGUCCGCUGCUCCGCCCUCCGCACAAGCUUCUGCCCUACUCCCCGUCGAUACUGCUGCUCCGUCCGAUCUUGCAACCGCAUACAACGCUCUUCAAGCCCGACAACGUUCUCUCGACGCCGAACGUGGCGCCUUCGUCAGUGACCUUUUACGCCAAAACCAUGACCUCAGGCAGCAAGUGUUUACGGCUAGAGCUGAAGCUGGAGCUCUUCGCGACAAGACGCAUGAGCUACGGGCAGCAAAGCAACUUUUGGAGUCAAACGCGCGGGAAUGGGACGCAAAAGCGCUGGACUGGGAGGCGAAGUCGCAGGAUUGGGAGGCUACGAUACAGCGACUGGCGGUGGACAAGCAGGCGCUCACCACUGAAAAUCGGCAACUUGUCCGGGAUCGGCAGCAACUCGAGGCGGACAAGCAAGUACUCGUCUCAAAGAACCAUGAACUUGCACUGGAGCAGCAACGUCUCUUGGAGAACGCCAAGGAAGCGAACGUGGCGCUCAAGCUCCAGCGCACCGAAGCGCAGAACCAGACGACGAAAGCGGAGCGUCUGCGCGCAGCACUGGAGAAGGUACAGGACGACUGCAUCCGCGAGCGUGACGCGCGAGGGCAGGCUGGAGAGGGGAAGGUCCGGGCGGAGCAGGAAAAGGCGCUUGCGCAAGAGGCAAGGGUGCAAGCGGAAGAGGCAAAGGUGCAAGCGGAGCAGGAGAAGGCACGGGCGGAGCAGGGCAAGAUGCGCGCCGAGGAAGAGAAGGCGCAAGCGGAAGAGGAGAGGGUGAAAGCGGAGGAAGGGAGGGAAAGGGCUGAGCGGAACGCCGCGGCGGUCAAGUCGAGGGCGUCGGCGGCCGUGAAGGCACUGGAGGCGCAAGUCGCAGCGAUGGAGGCGAGGACGGCGGAUGCGGAGGCGAGGGCUGCGAAGGCGGAGGCAAUAGCUGCGACAGCGGACAAGGGAUUGGAGGAAGCGGAGAAGCGGGCGGCUGCGGCGCAGGGCGAAGUCGCGGCGGCGAACGCUCGGGCCGCCAAUGUCGACAUUCGAGCGGACGACGCGAAGGCUAGGUUGUCGAUUGAAACGAUGCAACCUGCGGAUACUCGGGUUGCUGCUGUCGAGGCUCGAGCGACUGAGGCCAGUGCUCAAGCCGCAGGUGCAGAGCCCCGCACUGCUCGCCGUGGUGGCAUCCGCUCCAGAGAUGCCGUGGCGGCGCGGCCAUUACAAGCGGGAACGCGCGCUGCGGUCGAGAGACGGGACUCUCUUGCCGGCCCUUCCAGCACGCGGACUGCUCUAACACGCGCGCCUCUCUGGGAAGUGGCGACGUACGACAUACCUCGUAGCCAGACCUCGGCAUCGCAACGGCGCUGGCUCGAAGAAGACGAGAUGCAUCCCUUAGCUCGUGCUCCUUCGCAAUUCAGCGCCAUCGACGACCAUUCCAAGCUCUAUGCCCACACCUUUGUUUCCGACAACGCCUGCACCACCGAAAAGAGAGGUCAAAACUGCACGGAAGCGUCCCCUAUCCUCACCUUCCCCACAUCCAACCGUGCCAGCCAAGUCUGCGGGUUACGGUCGUGGUAAGCGUUUUUGCAAGCCCGGUAAACAUGCGCGGGUGGUGGGAGGACCCACCCUUGACGUGGGAUCGUCAACUCUCUCUAUACGGCCCAGGCGCUCUGGGAAGCUGUAGUCCGCGUGUAUGUACUCGAGUAUCUCUCAACCAGG